CAUCAACACCAUGGAUUUUCGGGCAAUAGAGAAGCUGCUCACAUGCCCGUACAACCCAGCCCAUCAGAUUUUGCCACAUCGUAUGGCACAGCAUCUAGUGAAGUGUAAAAAGUCUCACCCUGAUGCUGACAUGAAGGUAUGUGUCUUCAACGCAACACACGUGGUACCAACUCACCUUUACCAAGUACACAUCCUUGAGUGUCCAGAUAAAGCUGUUGUGGAGAGGGACAUCUAUAGAAGGAGAGAAGUUGAAAAUAAACUGCAAGCUAAGAGGCAGACCCCAAGACCUGUAAUAUCAACUCAUGCUCUGUGCACUGAAGAAGACUGGGACUCUGAGACUGUUGCUUCAUCAUACAACCCAGCAGAGCACAUAAUUCACCGUGAGAUAGCCAGGGCACCACCUCCAGGCUUGGGAAAAGCUGGGAGGAGAAAAUGGCGUGAGGUGGAGCUGGAACGUCUCCGAAGACUGAAAGCGGGAGAACCUAUUGAUGAUCUGGUAUACCCAGGAAAACACGAAGACCAGAUGAUUGGAAGUCAGAUGAAAAGUGCCAGUGUAGACAUCCUUAGCCAUUCUCAGUCUUUCAGCAGAAUUACAUCAAGCACUAGUAGCCUGGCAAUACAUAGUGACCAACCUCUCCGUCGACCCAAGAUUGACUUAGAACCACAAUCACGGAUUGCUGCUAACAUAUUUCAUAAUGGUUCCUGCACCACUGUCAAUUCUGAUCCAAAAACUGAGGAAAUGCAAGCAAAGAUGGAAGAACUGAGAAAGCAAGAGAACAAAAUCAAGUCAAAAUUGAAACAGAUGAAGAAAUUGGAAGGGAGGAAAGCAAGUGGAGGACAAUUGACAUCGGAAGAGGAGGCCAAAAUAGCCAAGAGAAGCGAGUUUGAAGCAAACCUUGCGGAAGUGAAAGGGAAAAUGGAAGAACUUGUUGUGUAAAUACUGAGAUGGAUCGUGCGUUGAGAAGACCACAGUUUUCAUUAAUUCGUAAUUGUUAUUACAUGUCAUUUUAUAUUCAUAUUUCAUUGUGUGACUGAGAUUUGAGAAAUGUGAUAGUAAUGAAAUUGUACUGUUAUUCCUUUUAGUAGUUUAAUCUUGUAUGUUUUUUUUUCCACAUAUGGUUUUCCACAUAAUUACAUAAUGGAGGUGUAUAUCAAAUGCAUUUUAUUUUCUCUCUUUUUUUUUUGGACAAAGGCUUUUUUGUUUGUUUGUUUGAAAAAAAAGGAUAUUUCUUUUAUUUGUAACUGAGGUGAAACUUCCCUUAAAUACUUUUUAAAGUGAUAAUAAUUUUUUGUUGAUGUCUGAUGUGGUGCAUCUCUUUAUUUUCCUUUUAUUUUUUUUUCUUAAAUAAAGGAAUUAGCAUUUUAAAAUCACUAAUUUCUGACCACUGUCUUCUUGUAAUAAUGCGAGGGCGAACAAUGUUGAAUAUUAUCUUUCUACACCAGCAUUCCAUUGGAAAUGAAACCUGAUACAAAUCACAUGGAAACAUUUAGUCUGUUAACUUUUUAUGUCCUCUACUUCUGUUUUUAUUUUUGUAAGUCUGAUGUAUACAUUUGUUUUUUAUUUUUGUGAUGGAUGGGAUGCGUAUAUGUAUAAUAAAGAGGAAAGUGAAAAGUUA